CGGUUGAUAGUCACGUGUACCUAUUUUACCCCCGCAGUUACAACCUCGUCGGAUAGUUAAACAAUAAAAGACAACAUCGACAAAAUGCUACCAACAUAUAAAUUGGUAUAUUUUGAUGCCAGAGGAAAAGCCGAGUUGUCAAGGUUAUGUUUUGCAGCAGCGGGUGUUAAGUUUGAGGAUGAGAGAGUGACAAGAGAAGAAUGGCCAGCUCUAAAACCAGCCAUGCCGUUCGGACAAUUGCCCGUUCUGGAUAUAAAUGGAAAACUAUUUGGACAGUCCAGUGCCAUAGAGAAAUACUUAGCGAGAGAAUUUGCUUUGUAUGGUAAAACCUCACUUGAAGCUUUGGAGAUAGACGAGAUUAUUGGAUUAGGCCGUGACUACGCGGACCUGGUUAUUGCCUGGUAUAAAGAGUCAGAUGAAACAAAAAAGGCACAACUAGGUACAAAACUGCUGCAAGAAAAUUUACCCAAAUUCCUCAAAGCCUUAGAAAGUAAAUUAACCAAUAAUGUUCGUGGUUAUUUAGUUGGAAACCAGAUGACGUUAGCUGAUCUUGCUAUCUACGACAUGUUGGAAAAUAAUUUCAGGAAGACGCCCGAAUUAUUACAAAAUUAUCCCAAAGUGAUAGGACAUCGAAACCGCAUUGCAUCUAGUCAGAAGAUUUCCACAUAUUUAAAGAAUAGAAAAGAAACCGAGUUCUGAUAGGGAACGUCAUUGAUUAUAUUGUGAUAGGAAACGCCAUUGAUUAAAGUUGUGACAGGGAACGUCAUUGAUUAAAUUUGC